UCUAUUGUUAGUAUCAAUUUCGCAUGGCCGACGAGAUUUAUAUACCUAAAUAUUUUUGAUUUAAUCUACAAUUUACAGAGAAUAUGCAUAAUGGAUUUCGUGAAAACGAUGAAUAUUAGUUACAAGAGAGUGACAUCGGUAGUGUUCAUUGUUUAGGAAACUCAGAUUUAAUUGAAUAUUCCUUGAGUGUUUGUUGCAAGAGAUUCGCAUAGCUUACGGAGCCAUAUUUAUGGAAUGUAUAAAGAACUGUCAAAAAUAAUUCAUUCUCAUCAAUGAGAAAUGGGAUGGCCAAACGACUAAAGAUAUCCUUAUACAAGCAUGGAUCCAGUAGGGCCAUGGUCUGCUUAUGCUUCUUACAAUAGAUUAGCAGGAGUUCAGACUAGUUCACCCUCAGGAGAAUUACAUCAUCAUUCUAGUGGUGCACCCCCAACGACUACUGCCCAACUUCUUACUGCUGGUGGAUUUUUAUCGCCACCCCCUGUUGGAUACGAAACUGUGUUUAGUCCUCUUUUUCACCAUGCCUCUGGCCCUAAACCGUCCCAUUAUGUGACUCCUGUAAGUCAGCAUCGAGCUCAGGCUUUGGUGCAACCUCAAACAUCUACUACAUCCAAACAAAAUACAGAUGGAGAGUACCAUCAGGCUCAGACUUUCUUUGAACAAGGAGGAUCUGCAGCAUGGCAACAAAAUAGUCCAUUUGGUAUUUUACCUCAUGAAAGUGUUGUUGCCACAACAACAAGCAAGACGACGCCUUAUGAGAACUUCAAUCCUCAUUUUGCUGCUCAAAGCUUGAAUCACCUCAACUCGCAACUUGCUGGAGGAAAUAACAAAUCUUCAACCAGAGCUCAGAGUCCUCAAGUUUCUACAGCCACUUCUAAAGCUAAUGUUACUCAAUCAAAUUCUUCCACUUUCUAUCAAGUGCCUGUUACUUAUUCUGGAGGUUCUGAAAGUGCAUCUAAUAAUAAAUCUUUCACAACUAAUUCUAACCUUCAACAAUCUUGCAUAGUUUCUUCGACUCCAACUGCUACAGUAUCUAAAGAAUAUCGGGUACCGCAAGCACCAACCCGAGCAUAUCUCAGUUCUCCCAACCCACCAGCUAGACAGAUAGAAAAAAACUUUUCGAACAAACCGAACUCGACAUCUGUGCAACCUAAGACUCAGAACGAGAGACAGAGAGGCAAUGAAGAACAAAGUCAAUCAUCACCAAUUAGCUUUUCAAUAAUCGAUUCUGCUCAGAAUCGGGUUAACUAUCCUAGCAAUAAUGCUUCUGUUAAGAGACCAGCACAGUUUCCGCAACAUGCCAAUUAUAGGCAUUUUCAGCAGCAGAAUGCCAAUUCUGAACAGGAGUUUCAAAGACCAAAAAGUGGACCGGAUUACAAUAACUCAAAUGGUCCAGAUUGUAAUGUUGUUGUACCAAGAAGACCUAGUCCUCAUCAAGCACAUUCCCAGGCUUCUCCUUUAGGUCAUGCUCAGAGUCCAGCAUAUCCAAUGUAUAAUAGUCCUUUGAGUUCUAUUUCGUCACCACAACAGAACUCAAGUAAUCAAGUGGCGCCACCCUCUCCCUUAGAUGUUUCAGUACCACGUCCAAAUUCACAAAAUAAUAAUGUUGCUUACCCAUCUGUUAUCACAAGAGCUUUAAAUAAUGAGAAAACUUAUCCGGAAAGGUUUGAACGAGCAAACCAACCUCAGCAGAGCAACCAGAAUUGUUGGGAUGAAAGACAGAACCGUAAGUUUCCCAACAAUCAGUAUAGCAAUACGACCAAUAAUGUCGAUAUUUCUGUGAGAACUGAACCUCAGCAACGAACAGUUGGUCUGAAUAUAUCUGAACGGCAACAAGCUUACUUUGAUACUAACAGUGGUCAUACUGUUACUUUACAAGAUUUAUCAAGCUGCAGAGGUGAUCCCAUGAGUUUGGUUAAAAAUUUACAACAACAAAGCUGUCAGGUUCCACAGGCAGAAAUCAAACAAGAGAUAGUAAAACAACCAGCAAAAAGGAGAAAAAGCAAUGAAAAAGCGGCAGUAGCAGCUCCAGUUGUAGUAAAUGAAUCUCCAGGAAGAAUACCACCACCAGCUCAUAGUUCUGGUGGUAACCAGCAACAGCAAAAUGGAGCAUAUUUUGAUUUUGAUCGAUGGAACCUAGCCCCACCUACUGCUAAGCUGUUUGGAGCACAAGCAAUUCAUCAACAACAUCAGGGUCUGAUGGUGCCUCAUCCUCACAGUCAUCACCCUCCACCAUUGCCUUACUUUGCUCCAUUUCAUUUAGCCCCGCCUCCUCAGGAAUUUCAAUCAACUGUGGAAAUUGCACCUGCAGGAUCUUACGGAGAACAAUCACCCCAACCAUCAACAUCUCAAUUUGUACAGCAAGAAGACCAGCCGAAAGUUGUUGUUCCUAAUAUUGAGGAAGAACUCAAUUUUCUUUCAGAAGGACCACCUGUGAAAGCUCCCUCUAAUAUGUCAAAUACUGCAUAUAAAACAGUACAACCUGCUGCAAAAUCGUUGGAUAAACCUUCAGGUCCUGGUGCAGGUUUUAUGAGUAGUUAUUUGAAGUUCUUGCAGGGAGAAAGAGAUUCAUCCCCGCCUCCUGCAUCAAGAACUGGGCGUAAACAAACAUGGUCACGUCCCAGUCCUCCCUCUAAGCCCAUAGGACAAGAAGAGACCAAACCAGAUAGUAAUGGCAUUCCUCCACAACCUGUCGUUGUUCCUCCACUUCCGCCACCUGUCAUUACACGCUUAUCUACUCAAGGUGAUCCUCAAGAUGAUCCACGAUAUUUCCCUCUACCAAAAGAAAGGAAAAGGGACAGUUUUGAUAGUUCGGAUGAUGGCUUCAGUUCUGAAGAUGAUUUCUUUCCAAAAGUAAAACCUCAAACUCAGGAGAAAAAGACUGUUAUUAAAGAAAAGCCUAAAGUUAUCAAGGAAGUUAAAGAGAAGAAACCUAAAUUAACCGCAGAAGCAAAGGAAUCACGAAAACUCCAGAAGCAACAAGAAGCUUUAUUGAGGAAACAGGAAAAGUUGAAAUUGAAAGAGGAGAAACAAAAAGAAAAAAAAUUGAAGGCCAUGCAAAAAAAACUUAAUGCAAAUACAAGUGUUCCCCGAAGAGAAUCAAGUAAACGAGCAGCUAAAGAAAGGAAAAAGAGUGAAACCGCCAGUAAAGAUGAUGAAAUGGAAGAGCCUCCAGAAUUCCAAGACUCAGAUUCAGACCCUGCCUGGACACCUAAAGUUAAAGAUGAUGGAGAUGAUGAUGUAUUGGCAAAAUCAAAAAAGAAAGGAUCUGUUAAAAGAGGGAAAACAAGAAAUUUAAUAACAGCUGCAGCUGAGGGAGCUGGUAUAAAAGAGUAUGAUGGUUACUCUAGUGAUAGUAUCUCCCCAAAUUCAAAGAGAUUGAAACAAGGAUGUAAAAAUAAACAAGGUGGUCCUCCCACUUUAGAGGAUAAUAUAGCAGCUUCCCUUCAAAAUAGAAGCAUAGUAUUAAAUGAUGACAAUCCAUUCAAGCCAGGUGAGUUUGUUGUUAUUAAAGCUGACCUAAAACAGGAAUGGCCUUCCAUUUGGAGAGUAGAUGGAAAAACCUUAUUACAAAAAUAUGAGCCUUUUGAGCAAGAUGGAAUCACGUUAUAUAGAAAUAUAUCAACGUAUACUUCUUGGUCUCCAGAAAGUAAAAAGCAAUAUAUGUCAGUGCCAGUUAAAUUUAAGUCACAAAGUCAACUCGAAAUUAUUGUUGAAUUCCUUAAAAAUGAAAUCACUAUUAUUGAUCAUGAUUACCAGGAAAGGUGUAUGAAGUCAAGUGAAGUAUAUCAGGAUAAUUUUGAAGUUUAUAUACAGACAUUAAUUUCCCAAGCCUUGGAUAAUAAUUUUUUGACGGAGAUUUUUCAAGAACAAGAUGAUUACUUUUUAUCUAAUGUGAAAACAAUAGAUGAUAUUACCGAAAGCAAAAGAAAUAACCUUUUAGCCUUAUUGAAUUGGCCUGUAAGUGUACAAGCAGCAGUGUGCACCUGGCCUUGUUUCAACGUAAUAAGAGAUGUGAAUAUUUCUGAUGGUCAAAUUAGAAACUGCUCAGCUUGCAAUAAGAUUGGUAUAGCAGUUAGAGUUCUAAUGUAUGGCCAGCCUUAUAAUUCAACUACACUUGAAGGUUGUCAGCCUGAUCCUAAUGCCAUAAGUGAAAAAGACUUCCUAAUGUGUAGAAUAUGUGCAAGUAGGGUUGAACUGAUGAAUAAAGUUAUUCACCAGAAGUAUCUAAUGUUUAUAGAAUGUGCUAAACGUGUUAGUGAGAAAAGAGCUUUGGACCCUAAUAAAGACACAACCUGUAUUUUAAACGAACUAUUGGCAGAUGAAAAUUGGUUGAACCAGUUGUUUUUGGAAGUGAGAACUUGUUGGUCAGAAGUGGAUUGUAUAGAACACAGUUAUAAAGUGAAAAAUAAUUCUGUGCAGUGAUAGUUUGAAACUGAAGUAUUUUUAAAACGAAAACAAUAAUUUAAAGUUGAAUAUCAAAAAAUUGUGUACAUUGAGAAAGAGUUUAUAUAUAAAAUUAUAUAUAUAUAUAUAUAUUGAUUGAUGAUUAUAAAAUGCCUAGAUUUAGACAUAACUUUAGAAUUUUUUAAUAGUACGGUUAAAUUUUUAUUAUGCUGUGCAUUUUUGUUUAUAAGUAUGUGCUCUGUAUAUUUUUUUUAUAUAUAUGAACAAUCAAAAAGUGAUAUUGUUUAUUCCUAAUUCAGCAUUGGUUAAUUUGAGAGCACAACACUCAUUAAAAGAAAUUGAUAUUUUGGUUGUCUUUUUCUCAACCUUCGAUUUAUAUUAAUUUUUGUUGGUUUAAAAUGCUUCCUUAAUUUCAAAUGUCUGUUGAUCAUUUUCUGUUAUGAGAUUAAUUAGUAAUGAAUCAUUAAAUAUUUUCAAUAACAA